UCAGUUUAUUGACAAAGAUAAGAUGCUACACUACAGAUCGAAGCGAUGGUUGAAAGGUUUAAGAGGCAAUGCAGCUGAACUAUGCCUUCUAAAUCGAGUGUGUGUGUUUCAGGUUCACCCCAGGGGCUGUACUUCAGGCUGACAAGAAAAGGGCAGGGCCCACUCCUGCUGAUGUGGAGGCUAUAAAGAAUGCCAUUGCUAGUGCAACAUCACUGGCAGAAGUGGAGAGGCUGAAGGGAAUGCUCCAAUCUGGUCAAAUUCCAGGACGAGACUUCAGACAAGGUGUGCAAGGCAUGGAGGAGGAGGAGGAAGAAGAAGAAGAGGAGGAGGAGGAGGAAGAGGAAGAAGAAGAAGAGGGCGGUGGCAAGGAGGAGGGCGAGCCCAUGCAAGCUGAAUCUGAGAUGCCGAUGGACCAGGGUCUUGUAAGAGAACCGAUUGAGGAGGAGGAGGAGGAGGAGGGUGAAGAUCGUGGAGAGGAAGAUGACAUGGACGAUGAAUCAAACAUGAAUGGAGUUGAUUAAGGAUUUGUGAAGUUGAGAUGGAUGCUCAGUUUCUGUUCUACAUCCUGAGAGGAUAUUGUAUCAGUGUAUUACUUUGUCCUUUUUUUAUGUUUUUUUGCUUUGUAAGAUACAAAAUUAAACCUUUUUUAAAAAAUAAAGAUCUUUGUAAAUAUUA